AUGGGCGCUGUGUCAAAUAUCUUCUUCUCUUUUUUUCUGGCCCUCAACAUUGAAUGCGCCAACGGCCAGUACUUGGAAAAACCAUACCAACAGCAGCAGCCUUUCAAAAAAGGGGCUGCAUUCCCGGAUGAAGAGAUAUUGUCACAUCCGCUGCCGGAGCUGAACAUGGACGAUUUCCUCAGUGAUAGCGAAGACGACAGGCGGCCCAAGCGUCCUCGUUUUACCAAAAAAGAUGUGCUAAUAGAGCAAAUUUUUCUUUGUCAAAUGACCAACAAAAUCUUUCGCAAAUUGAUGCAAAAUAACUCCAGCGGCAAGUUAAACAUGGAAGAUUUCGUCCUGUCAAGCCAGCAGCCGGUCUAA